CCGCAAGGAGACGGACGUAGGCGUUAGCUUUAAAGCAACACCACCAAGGUUGUUUAGGUACGUACUAAAAGACUAACAAAGCUAAAGGUACGGCGAGAAGAGUGAUGGGUUUUUAGUCAUCUUAAAGCUAACUUCAUAACUGACGCUGUUUACUCGUAAAGAAGGGAAAAGGUGAGGAAAUAGCGCAGCGGCUAGUCGGCUAAUUACAAAUAAGGCUAGCAGGAGUUAGCUGUCAGGAGGUUUUUUAAUUCUUCCACAGACCUGGCGGUGAGCAGAAAGCAGCGCCCCGUCUCCGUCCUCCUCUCAUGUCCAUCCUCUGCGUUUCCCGGUCCAUUAGCGUCCCCUCUUCCUCCCCUGUCCCCGUCCGUCCCCCCUCACACCCCCGCGCCAUCCGUCUCCACCCCCUGAUGUGCAGGACCGAGAGUCAGCCUCAUGACUGCGUGGAUCAUCCUGCCCGUCAGCCUGGCGGCCUUCUCCAUCACCGGGAUAUGGAUAGUGUACGCCAUGGCCGUGAUGAACCACCAUGUCUGUCCCGUGGAGAACUGGUCCUACAAUGAGACAUGUUCAGAGGAAAAGGCUGAACUGGGUUUCCCCAAAACCUGCUGCACCAUCCAAGAUAUCCCACUCAUCAGUAAAUGCGGUUCGUUUCCUCCAGAGAGCUGUCUGUUCAGCCUCAUCGGAAAUGUGGGAUCCUUUAUGGUGGUGAUGGUGUGUCUGCUGCGCUACGCUCAAAUUAUAGAGCACAGUCACCACAGCUGGACCAACACGAGCGGCCUGGUGUCCGGCUUCAUCAACGCUGUGGGACUCGUCAUGGUGGGGAACUUCCAGGUCGACCACGCCAGGACUCUGCACUACGUGGGAGCUGGCGUGGCCUUCCCUGCCGGCAUGCUGUUCGUGUGUCUGCAGUGCGUACUGACGUACCGCCUCGCCGUCACGCCCCUCGACUACCUGAUGGCCCACGUCAGGGUGGCUAUCUCCAGCGUCUCACUCAUCGCCCUCAUCCUCAGUGGCGCGUUCUUCAUCCAUGAGAGCUUCGUCCUGCAGCACGCUGCCGCCAUCUGUGAGUGGGUCUUCACCGUCCUCAUCCUCGUCUUCUACGGCACCUUCACCUACGAGUUCGGCUCCGUCACCAGAGACACUCUGAUGGCCGGUCUGCAGAGGAACCUCCCCCUCGGGGGCGGGGCUUCCAGGGAGCUGAAGGCCCCAGGCAGGAGCAGCACCACAUCUACACAGCUGAACUGCAUGCCGGAAAACAUAGCUAUGCUUUAACUAUAAACCCCUAACCACACACACACACACAAAUAUGCUGCCUUGAACUGUCUAAGAAUUGCCCUUCAGUGUCCAGUUUACUAAUAACUAAAUCAUCAGAACGACUGACAGCUGUCAUGUUAACCAACACCUCCUGAAAGCCCCGCCCCCUUCCACCAGCCAGCUCGCAUUAGUUAAUCUCGCGUCUCGACUCUAGCUUCGUGUCACAGUUAGUAGACGGGAUCCGGAAUUGAAAUGUUCAUCGAUGUUCCCAGUGAACGAGGCGUGGCUUAAAUAAGGCCACACCCUUAAAAUUAGAAUGUUCUGUAACACCUAAACUGUACGGUGCAGGUUAAAAAAAAACAAAACAAAAAAAAACUCAGUUCACACUCAUCAUCAUUCUUCAACGCUCCUUAUUUGCCUUCACACACACAUACACACUCCGCAGGGAGGAAUGACAUGAAAGGCUUUCUCUAUUUAUGAGGUUUGUCUAUCGGUGCUUGAAGUGUAGUCGAAGUGUGUCCUUUUUGUCACUUAGUGUUUUUUUUUUUUUUUUUUGCACAAGGGUCCGUUCUUGAGCGGCCCGUAGAUGCUUGCUGCUGUACGUCCACCCUGCUGUCCGGAAAACGUUUGCACGUCACGCAUGAACAAUGUCAUGAGAUUCUUUUUUUUUUUUCCCCCACAGAUGUUGGUCGUAUACUAAAACGUCCGAGCGUGCACGCGCUUAGAAACAUACAAACUUUGAAUCGAUAAUCGAGUAGUUGCACAUCCCGAUACACUUACUGAUCGUUAGUAAUAAUCACUGCCUUAUAGAGACAGUAUUUAUGCCUGUUUUUUUUUUAUAUAUAAAUAUAUAUACGUACAUAUAUCAUGUUUUAUUAUCUUUAUGCCUGUGUGUGUAUUUUAUUUUUAUUUUUAUAUUUACAUAUCAUUAUUGUUUUUGGUUUCUCUGUAUCAUCAAACACACUCAUGCCAGCCGUCUGUCCAUCCGUCAUAACUCACCCACGAGAUCGUUUCCUCGCUCGUGCCAGUCACGAGCUGUAUUUUUCAAACUUUAGCCAACAAAUCGUUAUUUUUAACGUUGCUGUGUUCGUUCCGUGUUUGGUUUUACUAAAGCAGUCGCUAUAGCAACGCCGAACCAGAUUACCGCUAGCACACGCCGACCGUCUCGAAGUGUAAAAGCUGCGUCCAGGCAGGAUCCUGGGCCUCCGUCCUUGAACGCUGUCCGUGGCCUUAAUCUUCUGUUUGUGCCGCUUCCAAAACCAAAGUGCGCUCGCUCAUCUGCUCGCUGCGGCGUUUCGUUUUCCGCGCAAACGUUUGCUGGAUGAAUGUUUGUUUGUUUGACCACGCCGUCUCGAGAGACACACUCUCUGAAGGAUUUCUGCUAUCGGAGCUCUUGAAGCAUCUUCGCCCGAUGACGAGGUUCAGAGGAACUUGUUUACAUUCUCGGGUUUUCUGAGAAACAUCAGCUAGAUUUCCAUCAAUCAGGUUUCAGUUUUGUCUCCCACUUUUCCGGUGAGAUGCGAGUUCUCUUUCCAUAAAUGGCUUUUUAUUUCUCUUAUGUCCAAUCAGACACGUAGGUUUUAAUGAGCUGAUACUGUAAAAAAAAAAAAAAAAUUUAAAUGAAGAAAUGUAUUUGAAUGAGCUGCGCUACUUUAAGAGCUGCUGUUAAAGGAAACUAAUCAACACCUUCUGACCUAUCAGGAUCUUUUUUUUUUUUAACAAAAACAAGAUGUUGCGAUUCGAGGUAUAUAAUCGGUCAGUGUAAACGCCAAUCUUCAUGGCGUGAUGAAUAAAUGUUAUUAUAUACACAGUGGAGAUUUCUGAACUCCAGAGAAUGAACCUACAUCGUAAAUCGUGUGCAAGUUAAACAAACCUAAAGUUUUAUUUAUUCAUGAAUGCCAAAAAAAGCACAAAAAAGUCAGGUGUGCACACUACGAAUUUAUGACCUCGGUUUUGUAUCUCGUAGCCACAGAUUCCUGGAGCACUCACAAUUCUUUUUUCUAGUCAAAUUCUCUUGAUUUACUGAAUUGUUCUGGUUAAUUCAAGGCGAUGAACUAGAAACACACAUGCAAUGUGAUCACUCCAGGACUUCUUCGCUUAUUCAAACAGCUUAACACUAUGGAAACGUGUUCUUUAGUCGCUUUACGCUAGUCGCCCGGCUCCGUUACUACAGAACACGAGUUGUCUGGUGGACGUCCAGCGCUACGGCACUUACAACCAGACCGGAUCGGACCGACUCGAACGUCGCCAAACUCUACAAUUAAGGUUUUGAUAAAAGCCUCCUGGCUGCUCUCGUCACUGUCCGUCCGUCAGUCAGGCCCGUUCACCGUAGAUGCCGUCUGACCUCCGUCACUGUAUGACGUGCAGCACCGCCGACUGCACCGAUCUGUGGAACCGCUCCAGAGUUGUUUUUCUUCUUCUUUGUUUAAACGAUGCGCCAAAACCGUCCAAACUUUCAUUCCUCUGGAAAUCGCAUCAUCAUCAGUGACGGCGAGUUUCCAGCUUUCAGUCCGACGCUUUUAUUUAUUCAUUUUUUUUGUUUUAUUUUAUGCAAAAAAAAACAACAACCCAGUUUGUGUUUGUGCGUCCGCCAGACAAUCACAGCUUAGAGUCUGCCAAUUCUUUUUUCAUUUUAUUUAAUUUGUUUUUAACUAAGAAAAGGUCCAGUUAUCAUGUGUAAAACUAAAGUCACUUUCUUUUAUUUGCAUCUGUUUUUUUUUCAGCCUGUUGAUUUUUUUUCUAAUGUCUUGUAAAUGUGUUUUUUUUUUUUUUUAAAUCAGCACAAUCUCUUCAGAGAAAAAAAAACAGAAGGAUCAAAUUUCAAAUCUGAAAUACAAACAGGUGCAGAGAGUAUUUUUUAUUUUAUAAAUUGAUCACUUUGUGUAAAAAAAAAUAAAAUAAAAAGACAAGAUUUCUGUA